AUGUCAGCCAGAAAGGGCUAUCUACUCCCUUCGCCAAAUUAUCCCACAACAAUGUCAUGCUCGGAGAGCCCCGCCGCGAACUCUUUUUUGGUGGACUCGCUCAUCAGCUCGGGCAGAGGCGAGGCGGGCGGCGGCGGCGGGGGCGCGGGAGGCGGCAGCGGCGGCUACUACGCCCAUGGCGGGGUCUACCUGCCGCCCGCUACCGACCUGCCCUACGGGCUGCAGAGCUGCGGGCUCUUCCCCGCGCUGGGCGGCAAGCGCAAUGAGGCGACGUCGCCUGGCGGCGGCGGUGGAAGCGGGAGCCUGGGUCCCACGGCUCACGGCACCUACGCUCCCGCGCCCCUAGACCUGUGGCUGGACGCGCCGCGCUCCUGCCGGAUGGAGCCGCCCGAAGGGCCUCCGCCGCCGCCACCCCAGCCGCAGCAGCAACAGCAGCCGCCGCCCCCGCCGCCGCCGCAACCACCCCAGCCCCCGCCACAGGCCACUUCGUGCUCUUUCGCGCAGAACAUCAAAGAAGAGAGCUCCUACUGCCUGUACGACUCGGCGGACAAAUGCCCCAAGGGCUCAGCCGCCACCGCCGACCUGGCCCCUUUCCCGCGGGGCCCGCCACCCGACGGCUGCGCCCUGGGCGCUUCCAGCGGAGUGCCAGUGCCUGGCUACUUCCGCCUCUCGCAGGCCUACGGCACGGCCAAGGGCUACGGCGGCGGCGCGCAGCAACUCGGCGCCGGCCCGUUCCCCGCGCAGCCCCCGGGGCGCGGCUUCGACCCGCCGCCCGCACUCGCCUCCGGCUCGGCUGAGGCGACCCGGAAGGAGCGCGCCCUCGAGUCCUCACCGCCGCCGCCCACGCUGGCUUGCGGUGGCUCGCAGGGCGACGAGGAGGCGCACGCGUCGUCCUCGGCAGCGGAGGAGCUCUCCCCGGCCCCUUCCGAAAGCAGCAAAGCUUCGCCGGAGAAGGACUCCCUGGGCAACUCCAAAGGCGAAAACGCAGCCAACUGGCUCACGGCGAAGAGCGGCAGGAAGAAGCGGUGUCCUUACACCAAGCACCAGACGCUGGAGCUGGAGAAGGAGUUCCUGUUCAACAUGUACCUGACGCGGGAGCGGCGCCUGGAGAUCAGCCGCAGCGUCCACCUCACGGACAGACAAGUGAAAAUCUGGUUUCAGAACCGCAGGAUGAAACUGAAGAAAAUGAACCGAGAGAACCGGAUCCGGGAGCUCACCGCCAACUUUAAUUUUUCCUGA